AGGGUUUCAUUUUCAUAAAAAAAAAAAAGGGUAGGGUUUCAUUACUGCCGACCCUUCUUCUUCCCCCCCUCCAAAACCCUAACCACCUCAUAGUCUAUCUCUUCCUAAAAGAAAAAAUCUCUUCCUAAAAAAAAGAUCUCGAUCGCUUUUCGUCAAGUUUGAAACGAAAAGGCUAGUAGGAUCCAUGUAUCAUUGGAGUAUCUUGAAGAAGGUCUGUGACGAUGGUGGAGAAAUCCAAGGGCAUAAAGGAGGAGGUUGUUACCAGGGAUUACACCGUUAACCUCCACAAGUGGUUACAUGGUUGCACCUUCAAGAAGAUGGCCCCCAAGGCCAUAAAGGAAAUCAGGAAGUUGGCCAAGAAAGCGAUGGGGAUUAAGGAUGUGAGGGUGGAUGUGAAACUGAGCAAGCAUGUCUGGAGCAGGGGGAUCCGAAGUGUCCCAAGGAGGGUUAGGGUUCGCAUUGCCAGGAAGAGGAACGAUGAUGAAGAUGCAAAAGAGGAGCUUUACUCUCUUGUUACCGUUGCUGAAAUUCCAGCUGAAGGGCUUAAGGGAUUGGGAACAAAGAUAAUUGAAGAAGGGGAGUAAGCUGCUGUUGAGAUAGGAUAGAGAAUUUAGAGAAUUUCAACCAGACAGGUCUGAAUUUUUUUUUGUUGUUUCAAGACAAAUUCGGAUAUGGCCAGUUCAAAACAAUAUUAUUGGGAUCUUUGGAUUGUAGAAACUACUACUUUAAUGGCUUAGAAUGUUUUUCAAUUCCUCA